UGGCAUUCAAUAUCUGACCCCAUUUUAGGACACCUUUUUCAGAAUUUCAGUCUCACUGCCUUCUCUGCUGCCACAUAUCCUCUCCUCUUCUCUCUCUUUCUAUCCUCUCCCACACACACGUACGUGCUAUACUGUUUCAUUUCUACCAUAUCUCAUUUAUUUCUCUCCCAUCAACUUUUCUUCAAUAUAUAUAUUUAUUUACACUCAAAACCAUAUAUUAACUGCUCCUUUCUUCUGCUUCUUCUGCUUCUUUACUUUACACACAUACCUGAGAAAAUGAGCAUAACUAGUAAAAUGAGUCUCCACAGUUCCCACAAAUAUAGCCAAAGAAUCAUCUUCAUUUGCCUCAUUCUCUUUGCUUCAUCUUCUUUCUUCACUCCUUCCAUUUUCAUGGCUCAAGGAAGAACAAUUUCCAAUCUCAAUGAAGUUGCAAAGAAUGGUGUGGAAGAACAUGAAUCAGUAAUAGUAGAAAAAGUUCAAAUAGGAUCAAAACCUCCAAAGUGUGAAAAAAGAUGCAAAAGUUGUGUGGAAUGUGAAGCAGUUCAAGUACCUAUUGUACCAUCAAAAGUUCAAAACCAUAGAAGCCAUUAUUAUUCAGCAGCUUAUUCAUCAAGAGGGGAUGGUCUUUCAAACUACAAACCUAUAAGCUGGAAGUGCAAAUGUGGGGACAACUUUUUCAACCCUUAGUUGACUCAAAAAAAGGAACACAUCACCCAUUUUUAUUUAUUUUUAAAUUAUUAAAUACUUCAAGCUAGUAGCAACUAUAGUAUAUAUAUAUUAUUAUUAACUAAUAUUUUCUGUCUUUUAUUAUUUUGCCUCACACCACACCUUGUAUAUGGUAAAUAUUUGGCAACUUUAUAUGUAGUAAAUAUUAAUUUAUGGCUUAUUUUGAUAAGUACUUAUGCUAGUUAGUUCCACAUGUUUUCUUUUAUUUAUUUAUAUUGU